UGAGAGCGGGAGGAGGAGCGGGAGGAGGAGUGUGAGUGCGAACACCCUCCGCCCCGUCCGGCUGCUCCGAAAGCUCCAGCCCCUCCGCGCGCCCGCCCGCCUGCCUGCAGCCCCUUGGCUUCCCCAGCCCUAGCGCCACCGGUGAGCCGCGCCUGCGCCUCGUUCCGCCCGCAGCCGGCGGGUCGGGGGACACCUCCCCGCCGGAGAUCGGCCCGCGGGGAGAGUCCAGAGCCGGGCCAGGGCGGCGAUGGGGAGCCCCGGGCAGCGGCUUGCUCCGAGGCGGUGGCUCCGGUUUCUGCCGCCCGGCGCUCGCGGACUGUAGCAGGUACCGCGCCGCUCGCAGCCGCUGUCGGGCCGGACCGCGUCCGCUGAGGUUCUUGCUACAAGAUUGUGUGGUCAGGGCAGCCUGCAGUUUCCUCCAUCUGAGUGAGGUGAAGGAAAUACUCAAUACCAGUUAUCUUAAGGAAUGCAUUUGAAAAGAACCAAGGAGUACAAAACCGUUACAAUGACUGAGAAGCAAGUUGGUUUUGGAAAAACUGUAUUCUGAGGAUGCUGUUUGCUUUUGGUUAAAAAGAGAGAAAAUACAACUACAGAAGAAGUCAUUAUAUCUGCAUUUUGUAUCACAAUGCACAUAACAAUGUAAUUAGAAUUACACUGGUCUCUUUAGUGAGUCUUGUAGCUUCUCUUCUCAGUAGACAUGAGUGACCCAAGGCAGUCACAAGAAGAGAAGCACAAGCUUAGAGCCUCUUCAAAGUUCAAGGAUCCUCCCAGAAUCAUGCAGUCUGAUGAUUAUUUUGCUCGAAAAUUUAAAGCCAUUAAUGGCAACAUGGGACCCCCUACUUCUUUAAAUGCCCCAAAUUCCAAUGAGACUGGUGGUCCAGCUAAUGGUACCCCAGCUGUGCCCAAAAUGGGUGUAAGAGCUAGAGUUUCUGAAUGGCCUCCUAAAAAGGAUUGCUCCAAGGAGCUAACCUGCAAGGCACUAUGGGAAAGCCGUUCCCAGGCCAGUUAUGAAAGUGUCACAUCCAUCAUGCAGAAUGGGCAAAAUGACCAGAGCGAUGGUCAACAAGAGGAACAGCUUGAUCUAGAAUUUGUGGAGGCAAAGUAUACAAUUGGAGACAUCUUUGUUCAUUCUCCCCAAAGAGGACUUCAUCCAAUAAGACAGAGAAGCAAUAGUGAUGUCACCAUCAGCGACAUCGAUGCUGAAGAUGUCUUGGACCAAAAUGCAGUGAAUCCCAAUACUGGGGCAGCCCUCCACAGGGAGUAUGGAAGCACAUCGUCAAUUGAUAGACAAGGUUUAUCUGGUGAAAACUUUUUUGCUAUGCUCAGAGGAUACCGAGUAGACAGUUAUGACCACAAAGUGAUGGCUCCUUUUGGGUUCCCUGAGUUUUUCCCCUGUGAUUCUGCAAUCUCUCCCAGCCUUCAUGCAGCAGCACAGAUUUCUAGAGGAGAAUUUGUCCGCAUCUCAGGAUUAGACUACGUGGACAGUGCCAUCCUCAUGGGGAGAGACAGGGACAAGCCUUUCAAACGGAGGCUGAAAUCAGAGUCAGUGGAAACAUCCCUCUUCCGAAAACUGCGAACUGUUAAAAGCGAGCAUGAAACUUUCAAGUUCUCAUCCGAUCUGGAGGACGGCCGUCUCAAGAGGGGCAUUCGUCCUUGGAAUUGUCAAAGAUGUUUUGCACAUUAUGAUGUCCAGAGCAUUUUGUUUAAUAUCAAUGAAGCCAUGGCUACAAGGGCUAAUGUGGGAAAGAGGAAAAACAUAACUACCGGGGCCUCUGCAGCAUCCCAGACUCAGAUGCCUACAGGCCAGACAGGCAACUGUGAGUCCCCACUGGGGAGCAAAGAGGAUCUCAACUCAAAAGAGAACCUGGAUGCUGAUGAGGGUGACGGGAAAAGUAACGACCUUGUCCUGAGUUGUCCUUACUUUAGAAAUGAGACAGGUGGGGAAGGGGACAGGAGGAUUGCUCUCUCUCGGGCCAACUCAUCAUCUUUCAGUUCUGGGGAAAGUUGCUCCUUUGAGUCAUCUCUCAGCUCGCACUGCACAAAUGCAGGUGUCUCCGUUUUAGAGGUUCCAAGAGAAAACCAGCCCAUUCAUCGGGAGAAAGUGAAACGCUACAUCAUAGAACACAUUGACCUUGGGGCCUAUUAUUACCGCAAAUUCUUCUAUGGGAAAGAGCACCAAAACUACUUUGGAAUAGAUGAAAACCUUGGCCCUGUGGCAAUAAGUAUCCGGAGAGAGAAGGUCGAAGAUGCCAAGGAAAAAGAAGGAUCCCAGUUCAAUUAUCGGGUAGCUUUCAGGACUAGUGAGCUUACAACACUGAGAGGAGCAAUUUUAGAAGAUGCUAUACCUUCUACUGCUCGGCAUGGUACUGCACGAGGACUACCUCUCAAAGAAGUUCUAGAAUAUGUCAUUCCAGAGCUGAGCAUUCAGUGCCUGAGACAGGCUUCAAAUUCACCCAAGGUCUUGGAACAGCUCCUGAAGCUUGAUGAACAAGGGCUGAGCUUUCAGCACAAGAUUGGGAUCCUUUAUUGCAAAGCAGGCCAGAGCACAGAGGAAGAGAUGUAUAACAAUGAGACAGCAGGACCAGCUUUUGAAGAAUUCCUUGAUCUUCUGGGCCAGAGAGUGCGGCUGAAAGGAUUUAGUAAAUAUCGAGCUCAGCUAGACAAUAAAACUGAUUCUACAGGAACUCACUCCCUGUACACUACGUACAAAGAUUAUGAACUCAUGUUCCACGUGUCAACCAUGCUGCCCUACAUGCCAAACAAUCGGCAGCAGCUUCUGCGGAAGAGGCACAUAGGAAAUGACAUCGUUACCAUUGUCUUCCAAGAGCCUGGAGCACUUCCUUUUACUCCAAAAAGCAUCCGGUCUCACUUUCAGCAUGUCUUUGUCAUAGUCAAGGUGCAUAAUCCAUGUACCGAAAACGUGUGUUAUAGUGUUGGAGUUUCUAGAUCAAAAGAUGUGCCAUCAUUUGGUCCACCCAUUCCCAAAGGUGUAACUUUUCCAAAGUCAGCAGUGUUUCGGGACUUUCUUUUAGCCAAAGUAAUAAAUGCAGAAAAUGCAGCCCAUAAGUCGGAAAAGUUCCGAGCGAUGGCCACUCGAACGAGGCAAGAAUACUUGAAAGAUCUGGCAGAAAACUUUGUCACAACUGCCACUGUGGAUACCUCUGUGAAAUUCAGCUUCAUUACACUAGGAGCAAAGAAAAAAGAAAAAGUAAAGCCAAGGAAGGAUGCUCAUUUGUUUAGCAUUGGAGCAAUCAUGUGGCAUGUCAUAGCACGGGACUUUGGCCAGUCUGCAGACAUUGAAUGUCUUCUUGGAAUUUCCAAUGAGUUUAUAAUGUUGAUUGAAAAGGAUUCCAAGAAUGUUGUAUUUAACUGUUCCUGUAGGGAUGUUAUUGGGUGGACAUCUGGAUUAAUGAGUAUCAAAGUGUUUUACGAAAGAGGAGAAUGUAUCCUUCUGUCUGCAGUGGAUAACUGCGCUGAAGACAUAAGAGAAAUUGUUCAGAGAUUAGGAAUCGUGACCAGAGGCUGCGAAACUGUGGAAAUGACCCUGCGGAGGAACGGGCUGGGCCAGCUCGGCUUCCACGUGAAUUUUGAAGGAAUCGUUGCUGAUGUAGAACCUUUCGGCUUUGCCUGGAAGGCUGGUCUUCGCCAAGGGAGCCGCCUCGUGGAGAUCUGCAAAGUGGCUGUGGCUACUCUGACCCAUGAGCAGAUGAUUGACCUGCUCCGUACCUCAGUAACUGUGAAAGUGGUCAUCAUCCAGCCCCACGACGAUGGCUCACCCCGACGAGGGUGUUCAGAGCUCUGCCGGAUCCCCAUGGUGGAAUAUAAACUGGACAGCGAAGGCACCCCCUGUGAGUACAAAACUCCCUUCAGGAGGAACACCACGUGGCACCGGGUGCCCACCCCUGCCGUGCAGCCCCUCUCCAGAGCCUCCCCCAUCCCUGGCACGCCCGACCGGCUACAGUGCCAGCAGCUCCUCCAGCAGGCCCAGGCUGUGAUCCCCCGCAGCACGUCCUUUGACCGGAAGCUGCCCGAUGGCACAAGGCCAGGUCAAGAUGUUGAAACUCCACAGAUACCUCAGUGCACUGUUAAUGAUUCUAGUCAACAUUACAGAAGUUCGCCAAGCAACCAGUCAUCCUCCAGUGACCCGGGACCCAGCGGAAGUGGCCACUGGAGACAGCAAGUGGGAUACGACGGAUGUCAGUCUCCUCUGCUGCUUGACCAUCAGGCCUCAGGUCCUCUGGAAUGUGAAGGAGCCCGGGAACGGGAAGAAAUCAUGGAAGGAAGUAGGCACCCUGAAACCAAAUGGCAUGGUGCACCUUCCAAAGUCCUGAGUUCCUAUAAAGAAAGAGCCCUGCAGAAAGAUGGAAGUUGCAAAGAUUCCCCCAAUAAGCUUUCUCAUAUUGGAGAUAAAAGUUGCUCAAGUCAUUCCAGCAGCAACACACUCUCCAGUAACACAUCCAGCAAUAGUGACGACAAGCACUUUGGAUCCGGAGACCUGAUGGACCCGGAGCUGCUGGGAUUAACCUACAUCAAAGGGGCCUCCACUGACAGUGGCAUUGAUACGACCCCUUGUAUGCCCUCUUCGAUCCUGGGCCCGAUGCACCUGACGGGCAGCAGGUCCAUGAUUCACAGUCGGGCAGAGCAGUGGACUGACCCUGCCGACAUCUCUGGAACUGAGGACGAGCAAGCCAAAAUGUAUGCUGUUCACAGCUAUGCAUCCACCAUUUCUGUCAGCAACACUGCCGAAGGCAGCAUGGGCGACCUCAGUGAAAUCUCUUCUCAUUCCAGUGGUUCACAACAUUCAGGAAGCCCUUCAGCUCACUGUUCCAAAAAUAGUGGGUCUCUGGAUACAUCCAAAGUCUACAUUGUGUCCCACAAUAGCAGUCAACAGGUUUCUGGGUCCAUGUCUAAGCCCUACCACAGGCAGGGAGCAGUGAGCAAAUAUGUCAUCGGCUGGAAGAAAUCAGAAGGCAGCCCGCCACCCGAGGAACCUGAAGUAACCGAAUGUCAGGGAAUGUAUAGUGAAAUGGAUACCAUGUCCACAGCAACCCAGACGGUGGUGGGAGAUGCUGUUUCAGAAGCUCAACAUGUUCUUUCAAAAGAAGAUUUUCUGAAAUUGAUGCUUCCUGACAGCCCCUUGGUGGAGGAGGGGAGAAGAAAGUUUUCAUUUUAUGGGAACCUGUCUCCAAGAAGGUCGCUGUAUCGCACGCUCUCGGAUGAGAGCAUAUGCAGUAAUCGGAGAGGCUCCUCCUUCGGCAGUUCACGAAGCUCGAUUCUUGACCAAGCCUUGCCCAACGACAUCCUGUUCAGUACAACACCGCCCUACCACAGCACGCUGCCUCCCCGCACCCACCCCGGGCCGAGCGCCGGCUGCCUGAGAAAUGAGUUCUGGUUCUCUGACGGGUCAUUAUCGGAUAAGUCCAAAUGCGCCGACCCUGGCCUGAUGCCCCUCCCAGAUACGGCCACGGGGCUGGAUUGGUCCCACCUUGUGGAUGCUGCACGGGCGUUUGAAGGUGUUGAUUCAGAUGAAGAACUUGGGCUGCUCUGUCACCACACGUCCUAUCUAGACCAGAGAGUGGCAUCAUUCUGUACCUUGACAGACAUGCAACACGUGCAGGACUUGGAAGGAUCCCAAGAGCUACCAUUAUGUGUAGAUCCAGGCAAUGGAAAGGAUUUCAUGGACACAACUGGGGAGCGUUCUCCAUCAACACUGACUGGCAAAGUCAAUCAGCUGGAAUUAAUUCUUCGACAACUACAGACGGACCUUCGGAAGGAAAAACAGGACAAGGCUGUUCUCCAAGCUGAAGUUCAGCAUUUGAGACAAGACAACAUGAGACUGCAGGAGGAGUCCCAAACAGCGACAGCUCAGCUGCGAAAAUUCACAGAAUGGUUUUUCAACACCAUAGACAAGAAAUCUUAACCAGCCCAUUCCCCAUCAAGGGACCACUGUGGGAAUGCCCGUUGUCCCUGUGAAGUCACAAAAAUGUGUUUUUUAAACCAUGCUUUCAAUCAGCCAUCGAUGUUGUUGCUUUUCUGCUCUGCCCAGCCAGCACCAUUCAUCCCAGCAAGAUAGGGAGCCUCGAUUCUUUCCUGGUAGCUGUCUUGUGGUAGCUGAGAGCGACAGUGAUGUGAAGAUGAAUGUAACUCCCCAUGUCAAGACGAAUGUAAAAUCCUGGUGUCAGUUCAGACCUUUGUCUUUUAGAUUUUAUUGGAAUGGUGCUCUGGCUUGGGCUUACCUCAAGAGGGAAGGAGUUGGGUUUUAUUUCCUAUAUAUCAGGUGACCUGGUAGAGAUGUUAAAGCAAUUUACCAUAGUUUGGGCUUUAGUAUUGUAAAAUAAACCUAAAAACAAAUAAUCAGACAUAUACUUUAAUGUUAAAGGUGCUCUAUUUUUUUGUAUGUACAGUAGUUUUAUUUCCACAGCCACAUUAUCAUAGCAAUAAGAAUAGAGGCAUAGUAAAUACUUGGAAAAGCUGAGGUGGGGGUAAAAUAAAAGCACUGAUAUGUUUAACACUAGUGUGAAUGCAGUUACUUUAGAGACUUAUUUAUUUGCAGGAACAAAUGGUGCCUGGUGCCUGAAUAUUAACAGUGUUCUGAUUUUUAAAAAAAAGAUACUUAUGCCUUGUAAAUGGCUCACUGAGUAGUCACUUCAACUCUUAGUUUACUUUUGUAUAGUUAAUGCUCUGCUGAUUCAAAAAAAAAGAGUAAAUCUGCUUAAUUACUAGAAUUCCCGUAUGCUGUGAGCCAGCAGAAUCACUUGUACAAUGCCAAAUUUGUUUAUUCUUUGUACAGAAGCUUUGAUGAAGUGUCUUGUAUUUAACACCCUUAUUUAAGCUUAUUUAACCUUAAAUUGUUAAUUUUAUAAAAUUUGGUUUUAUCUGCACUAUGAUGAGGAAGUUAGAUAGCAGCAAGCUCAGAAAUGACUUAGCUUGCCAGAAAUAGACUGAGGAGCAGGGUGGGGAAAUUCUAACAAUUGGAUGCUGCUAGUACACAAGUUGUUUGUAUUGCUUUACCAUUUUUAACUGUUAUAUUUGAGAUGAACAUACAUUUUGCUUUUUUAAUAAAUGUUUAAAAGAAGUCCA